AGAAAGGCAGAUUCCCACCGGGAUAACCGGAAGGGAAAGCGAGGAGGACCAGAUCGGCACAAUCAUCCCUCUUCUGUCAACCGCACCUGCAAGAAAUGUGGCAAGUACCAUAGUGGCGAGUGCUUAGCCGACCAGCGAGCCUGCUUCAACUGCAACUGUCCAGGCCAUUAUGCCAGUGUUUGUCCGGAGCCCAAGAAGCAGCAGCAGUUCCCUCAGCAGCAGCAGCAGCAGCGUUUUCCUCAGCAGCAGCAGCUUCCCCCACCACUACCCCAUCAGCAGCAGCAGCCCCCACCGUUCCAGCAGAGAGUUGGGGGUCAGGCCCGUGUCUAUACCAUCACCCAUGAUGAGGCCGCUCGUAAUGCAGGUACCAUGUCCGGAAUGCUUUCUAUAUCCCAUGUGCCUGUUUUUGCUUUGUGUGAUACCGGUGCUACCCAUUCUUUUAUCUCGUCUCGUUGUCUGGAGGCCUUAUCUAUUAGCACCGUGCAUGCUUGUGAUCCUCUCGAGGUUAGCUUAGCCUCGAGAAAAGUUAUUGUUUCUGAUUCAGUAGUUCGUAAUCUUCCUAUCUGUGUUGGUGGUCGAGUUCUGGAGGCCGACGUGUAUGUUAUCGAUAUGCGAGACUUCGACGUGAUCUUGGGCAUGGACUGGCUCACCCGUUAUCGAGCCGACAUCCGGUGCCAAGAGCGCGAAGUCACUCUCUAUCCCGUUUCUGAUCAGCCCGUUGUGUUCUUUGGGGUGAGUUCGAGGACUAUGCCUCGGGUCAUCUCUUCUAUGCAAGCUAGGAAGAGCCUUUCCAGGGGUAGCUGUCAAGGCUACCUUGUUUCUAUGGUAUCCGACGUCGUUGAUGAGCGGGUGUCCGAGCGAGUAUCUAUU